UUGUUGAGUGUGUGAUGUGAGUGAGUACUUGAAUAGUGUGUGGUGGAUAAGGUCUUAUCAAUAUUUUUAGCUGCGACACCAUGCCCACAGAGACCAAGUCCCUGCUGGCCACUGCGACUGAAAAACCCCCACAUUACAGAUAUUUAAAAGAAUUCAGAGUGGAUCAGUGUCAGCUAUUUCCAUUACAUAAGUGUACACAACAUAGACCAUUUACCUGUUUUAACUGGCAUUUUCCUAAUCAGCGAAGAAGAAGACCGUUAAGAAGAAGGGAUGGAAUUUUUAAUUACUCGCCCGAUAGUUAUUGUUCAAAAUAUGACGAAACGUCUGGAACUUGUCCGGAUGGUGAUGACUGUCCUUUGUUACAUCGUACCGCUGGGGACACAGAACGAAGAUAUCAUCUAAGAUACUUUAAAACGUGUAUGUGUGUUUAUGAAACGGACGCUCGUGGGUUCUGUGCUAAAAACGGUGCACAUUGUGCUUUCGCGCAUGGUGAAGGGGACAAAAGACCACCAGUUUAUGACAUUCGUGAAUUACAGUUGGAUCCACUUUUACAGAAUCAAGAGCAAAACCUGGAACCUGAAAUUGUAAACGGCCCUAAUCAAUUAGAUAAAGAAAGAAAUAUGAUGGUGGACGAUCCCAAGUGGCAAGACGCUAGCUAUGUUCUUCUUCACUAUAAAACAGAACAGUGUAAAAGACCGCCACGUUUAUGUAGACAGGGCUAUGCAUGUCCUCAAUAUCAUAAUUUAAGGGAUCGGCGCAGAUCACCAAAAAAGUUCAAGUAUAGGUCUACUCCUUGCCCUAAUGUAAAGCAUGGUGACGAAUGGGGAGAACCUGCACUAUGUGAUGAAAGUGAUGAAUGCCCGUAUUGUCACACAAGAACGGAACAACAGUUCCAUCCUGAAAUUUAUAAAUCAUCGAAGUGUAACGAUGUAUUUACUAAUCAAUAUUGUCCAAGAGGGCCGUUUUGUGCAUUCGCUCAUGCAGACCAGGAGAUGUCAAUUAAUAGGAAUUUACCAACGGAUACCAAUUUUGCUGAUAUUUUAUCAAAUGUUUUGCCUACAGCAUCAAAUCCUAUAGGAAUUGGGGGAUCGGGCGGCGUAAUAGGAUCUAAAUCAGGAGGAGAAACUAAUAAUAAUCAUAAUAGCAAUGGAAAUGGGACAUCAUCCUCUAUUUUAUCAAGUAGUUUAAACUCUAACAACAAUAAUGCGAAUGGAUUAGACGGAUUAGGAGGAUAUUUCAAUUCAACUGGAGGAGGGAUGACAGACUUUUCUGACGUGUUAAGAAAUACUUGUGGAUCACCACUCGAUCAAGCAAUGAUUGGUGGAGGAAGUAGUUUUUAUGGAAAUCCAAGUUCGUCAACGCAUUCAUCUUCAAAUACGAUUGCAUCUGGAAAUAAUGGUGGUGGAAAUAAUCCGGUGUCAUUUGGAACACAAAGUUUUGCUAGUGCUGUGGGAGGUGGGACUGAUCGAAGCAAUAGUGUAAACUCUACGACAAGUCAUGGAAGUAAAUUUUUUGAUGAUCAAUCUAAACUUGUGGAUUCGCUAAUGAAUGGCCCUAAAGGAACAAAUGGAGGGGGUUUAAAUCUAUAUGAAAAUUUUGACAUUUUGAGUUUCAACUCGGGCACAGGCGGUGGUGACGAUCAACGUGAUGCUUAUAGUUUAUUUCCUUCGUCAAUGGGAAUGAAAACGCCAACAUCUGCAAUGAGAAAUGAUUUAAGCAGAGGAGAUUCGCCUAGUAUUGAUAAAGAUUUAGAAACGGAUCAUUUUUCUUCGGGAGGAUCAAAACCAGUUAGCAUUCCGGCGUCCAGCUCAUCUUUAUUUGGAAGAGAAAGAUUUCCAAGUGGUUCCUCAUCUAUGGCUGGUAGUCUAAAUAGCUCUUUCUCUAUUGGGGGAUCGUUAUUUUCAAAAUUACCAGAUGCAUCUAUAGACAAGAAACCAGAUAUAUUUUCAAGUAUAUUCGAUUAUCCGCAGCAGCGUCAAGAAAACAGUACAACAUUAUCAAUGUCACCCAGUAGUAGUAAUGGAUUUUCUAGUGGCAAUGGACCAGGACCAAUUGGGCCAUCAAAUAAUGGAUUUAAUGGGCCGGCGUUUUUAAAUUUUAUGAUUCGACCCGAUCUCACCUAUCAAAACACGACAUUAAUGAACGUCUAUUUGAAUCAAUGUAAAACAUGGGCGGAAACAUUAAGUAAAGCGUUACAAUCUGCGACAAAUAAAGACCAUCCUAAUUAUUCAUGUUUAAGUUGUAAAGUACCAGAUCGACAAAGAACAGUUUUGGCUUUACCUUGCGAACAUCAAGUUUUAUGUGUCAACUGUGGCCCGGUAAUACGAGCAUGUCCUCUUUGUGGAAAUCCAAUUUUAAGUAGAAAACCUUCAAAUUUAAUGCCUCAUAAUAACAACAUGGACCUCUGAUUAAGAAAGGAAGAAGAUUCUAUUUUUCUCUGUAAUAUCGUCAGUCUGUAUCGUAGCAGAGUUAAAACUUUAUAUUUCAAGACAAACCACAGACAAUUACAAAUUCAAAAUUUUCAUGUUCCUUGUUGCAUUGUUUGACAAACUUUUUGAGUUGAAAAAUAUUUUGACCUACUUUCUUGACUGUUAUUCGGAAAAGUUCAAAUUGAUGUUUAUUUUUAUUAUUAUUUUGAUUUGCUGAUAUAUUGAUUGCUGAAAUUAUUGUGGCACUAUUUAAAUACGAGUAUUAAAUUGUUUCAUGCUGACUACGACGACUAUUAAAAUAUGAAACAUGUAUGCAACCGAAGAGAGUUAUAAAUGAAAACCUGCAAAUGAGGUUAUUAAUUUUGACAUAUAAAUGAUACACUACUAUUUGAUUACAUACAUAUAUACAUACAACAUAUAUUAUAUACGGAGUAAAGUAAAUACAUACAUGUACUAGUUUUAUUAGUUAACUGGACAGAAUAAUAACUAUUCAUAUACAUAAUAUAUAUACAUAUAUACUAAACAAAUAUAUUGCAAAAAUUGCAAACUCUACAUUAUAUCUUUGGAUGUACUGAAUGUGAAACAUUUACCUGGAGGAAAAAUUUAUUUACCUAUCUAGCUAUAAUUACAAUGCAUAUAUUUACACAAAAGAUAUAAGAUUACUUUACUACGAAGAAGGCUUAUAUUUUCAAUGGACUGAACCGAAUAAUAAGCGAAAGUUAUUUGAAUGUUGAGAAACUGGUAAAAUGAUUGUUGUUAUUUGUAAGAAGAAAUAAGAAACUCUUUUUUUGCUUUUUA